GCUCAGCGGGGCCGCAGCGGCGGCGGGGCCGGGCCGGGGCAGAGCGGGCGGCGGGGCCGAGGGGCGCGGAGCCGAACCGAGCCGGGCCGGGCAGGGCCGGGCCGGGACCGCGGCGAUGAACUUCGCGGUGGGGCUGAAGCCGCUGCUGGCGGAGGCGCGGAGCAUGGAGAGCCUGGAGAAGCAGCUCAUCUGCCCCAUCUGCCUGGAGAUGUUCACCAAGCCCGUGGUCAUCCUGCCCUGCCAGCACAACCUGUGCCGCAAGUGCGCCAACGACGUCUUCCAGGCCUCCAACCCGCUGUGGCAGUCGCGGGGCUCCAGCGCGGUGCCGUCGGGCGGCCGGUUCCGGUGCCCGUCGUGCCGCCACGAGGUGGUGCUGGACCGGCACGGGGUGUACGGGCUGCAGCGGAACCUGCUGGUGGAGAACAUCAUCGACAUCUACAAGCAGGAGUCGGCCAGCGGCCCCUCCCGCAGGCCCCUGCACGCCAAGGCGGAGCAGCACCUGAUGUGCGAGGAGCACGAGGACGAGCGGAUCAACAUCUACUGCCUGCGCUGCGAGGCGCCCACCUGCUCCCUCUGCAAGGUCUUCGGGGCGCACAAGGACUGCGAGGUUGCGCCGCUGCCCGCGGUCUACCAGCGCCAGAAGAGCGAGCUCAGCGAUGGCAUUGCCAUGCUGGUGGCAGGGAACGACCGCAUCCAGGCCAUCAUCACCCAGAUGGAGGAGAUCUGCCGGACCAUUGAGGAGAACGGUCGGCGGCAGAAACAGCACCUGGGGCUGCGCUUCGACUCGCUGUACAGCAUCCUGGAGGAGAGGAAGAAGGAGCUGCUGCAGAGCAUCGCGCGGGAGCAGGAGGAGAAAGUGCAGCGUGUGCGGGGCCUCAUCCGCCAGUACGGCGACCACCUGGAGGCUUCCUCCAAGCUGGUGGAGACAGCCAUCCAGGCCAUGGAGGAGCCCCAGAUGGCAGUGUAUCUGCAGCACUCCAAGGAGCUCCUGAAGAAGAUCACAGACAUGUCCAAGGUGUCGAUGAGCAGCCGCCCAGAGCCUGGCUACGAGAACAUGGACCACUUCUCCAUCAAUGUGGACUAUGUGGCAGAGAUGCUGAGGACCAUCGAGUUCCAGACAGAGCCACUGGGAGAGGAGGAGGGGGACGGCCCCAUGGAGGGCAGCGAGGCUGCGGCGGAUGAGGACCGGCUGGACAGCCUGGAGGCACCCGAGGCUGCUGAGGAUGUGGGGCCGAGGCAGAAGCCAGCAAGCUCUCCACAUGGUCAGCACUGAGCUGGUGCCACAGGGCAGCUCCAGCACCGAGCUCAUCCCUGCCCCUGGUGCUGCUUGGUGAGCCACAGCCCUACUGCUGCACGUCCCCACUGCUGGAGCUGCCCCAUCCAUCAUUAAACUGUGUACGAGGA